AUGGGGGACUUGAGCGAUCCUUUCAUGCGUAACCCAAACGCCGCCGUUCAGGCUCGCCCUAAGGUUCAGAAUCGAACCAAUGUUCUUCAGCUAAAGCUGAUGGGUCAAAGCCACCCGACUGGCUUAACGCCAAAUCUUUUGAAGCUCUUUGAGCCACGACCGCCGUUGGAGUUCCAGCCACCACCGGAGAAGAGAAAAUGCCCUCCUUAUACAGGCAUGGCUCAGUUUGUGAGUCACUUUGCUGCACCUGGAGAUCCAGAGUAUGCUCCACCUAAGCCGGAAGUUGAAACACCUGCACAGAAAAGGGAGAGAAUUCACAAAUUACGACUGGAGAAAGGGGUUGCAAAGAUUGCAGAGGAGAUACAGAAAUAUGAUCCGACUAGUGAUGCCAACGCUUCUGGAGAUCCAUACAAGACGCUGUUUGUUGCAAGACUUAACUACGAGACCUCUGAGAGUAAGAUUAAAAGGGAGUUUGAGGCUUAUGGUCCAAUUAAGCAGGUUCAUUUGGUCACUGAUCAGCAAACCAAUAAACCCAAAGGCUAUGCCUUCAUCGAGUACUUGCACACCCGUGACAUGAAAGCUGCAUAUAAACAAGGUGAUGGAAAGAAGAUUGAUGGUAGAAGAGUGUUGGUUGAUGUUGAGAGAGGUAGAACAGUCCCGAACUGGCGUCCCCGUAGGCUUGGUGGUGGACUUGGCACAGCCCGAGUGCCUGGUGAGAAGAUUGUUGGCGAGGAGGAGCAACAAGGAAGAAUGUCCCGCUCCGAGGAGCCAAGAGCUCGUGAAGACCGUGAGAAAUCUCGUGAUAGGGUCAAAGAAAGGGAACGCGAGCAGUCUCACGAGCGGUCUCGGGAACGGUCUCGUGAACAUUCUCGUGAUAGACCAAGAGAGAGUCAUAGAGAGGAUAAGCACCACAGAGACCGGGACCGAGGGAGAGAUAGGGAUAGAGAAAGAGAGAGCAGGCGUGACCGAGGAGAUAGAGACCGUCGGGACCGUACUCGGGAUCACGACAGGGAGCGGAGUCGGAAAAGGGAACGGGACUACGAGACCGGUGAGUAUGAAGAGGAUGCCGGAAGAUCACGAGAGAGAGAAGCAGAGUAUGAGCGUGGUGGGUCGAAGCAGAGGCGAGUUGAGCCAGAGGAAGGUCAUGGCUACUACGAAGGGCGUAGACGUUCAAGCCAUUACGAGCGUGAGGAGGAACAAGGAGGUGACCAAGACCGUUAUAAUCAGUACGGUGAACGUUAUGAUCGAGGGGAGGAAGAAGAAUACCGUUAUGAUGAUCGUGAGUACAAGCGUUCAGAGCGUUCCAAGUACGAAUCUCUCACCGUGUUGUUAUGA